CCUGCGCUUCUCCGGAGCGCGAGGUGGGGUCGCGCUCCCUGCCUUCCGGCCGCCGGCCUCUGGUCCCUAGGAUCGGACGCCGGGACCCUCGCGGCCCGCCAUGGGCCCGCGCCGCAAGCCCGAGGCCCCGAGGAGGCGCAGCGCGAGCCCGACCCGGACCCGCAGCACGUCCGAGCGCAGCACCUCCCGAGGCACUACCCUCCGGCGGAGAUACGGCUGGCUUAAAGAGGUCCAGAAGCUGCAGAAGAGCACAUACCUCUUGUUAAGGAAGGCACCCUUUGCUCGCCUGGCAAGAGAAAUAUGCAGUAAAUUCACUCGAGGUUUUGACUUCAGUUGGCAAGCACAGGCCCUGUUGGCCCUUCAAGAGGCAGCAGAAGCAUUUCUGGUUCACCUUUUUGAAGAUGCCUAUCUCCUCUCUUUACAUGCUGGCCGAGUCACUCUCUUCCCCAAGGAUGUGCAGCUGGCCAGAAGGAUCCGCGGCAUUCAGGAAGGACUCGGCUGAGUGCUACAGCAUCUCUGAAUGAUCCCCUGGGACAUUGUGGAGAUGUGACUAGAUCCAGUGGUGUCAGAAGUGCUGUGUGAACUCAGCCGUGUGCAUGUUGCCUUUUAAAGUUUCUUUAUGAAGGGGAAGACUGCAGGACUUUCCUCUAUAACAGAGAUAUAAGAGAAGACAAGUCAAGACAGUUCCAACAGCUUGAAAAGUAUGUGCAGAUAGAAGACUCCAAAGCCAAUAUUUUGUGAAUUACUCAUAUGACUGAAGGCAUAAAUCUGCUAUGAGAGAAGCAUAUUGUUCCUUUAGAUCUCUCUGUACUAUGUGCAUUUUUUUUUACCAUAUGUAUAUUUCUACUUUUAUUUAAAAUAUAAGGGGAAAAAAUAAGGGAAAAAUACUUCAGUCAGUUACAGGGAAGCACUUGGCAUGCCUAGCAUACAAAUCUUAGGUAUGAAUCUUCCAGAUUCUUCUUAUCAUUAGUGCUUAUCAGCAAGUGUGUAGCUUUUCAAAACUUAAUUGGAGUUGAAAUUGAAAAUCUUUUCUUUUAAGUCUUUCCAGCUGUAUCUUACAAAUUCCUAUUGAAAUCAUACAGAAAUUUAAAUGCAGAGGGUAUACUAUCUUAUUUCUUAGUUGUAAAUCAUACAAGGUAUAUCAUGUCAGUUUAGGAUUAUAAAGUGCUUUUUCAGUGUUUUCAUAGGUAUUUUAAAAUAUUUUAUAGCUUUGUAGAGACAUAAUAAAAAACAUUUUUUAAUUAAAAACAAGGUUACUGUUAUAGCAUAAAGAAAUUAUAAGCCGGGCGCCGGUGGCUCACACCUAUAAUCCUAGCUACUCAGGAGGCUGAGA